AUGGUUUCGCAGGCAUUCGAAGCAAAGGCAGAGGCCGUUAACAAGCUUCCUACGACCCCUUCCAACGAGGAGUUGCUGGAAUUGUACGGGCUCUACAAGCAGGCGACCGUUGGCGACAACGACAAGCCCCGGCCCAGCGGAUUCAACUUCAAGGACAAGUACAAAUGGGACGCCUGGGACAAGGUCAAGGGCAUGAGCCAAGAAGACGCGGAACAGAAGUACAUUGCCCUGGUCGAAUCCCUCGAACAGAAGUACGCGUGA